GGCGGGCGCGGCGGGCGGGCUGGGCCAUGUGAUGCCCGGCCCGGCGCGGGCUGGGCCGCAGAUCCAGUGGCAGCCGGCAGGCGCGGCGGCGGCGGGGGCGGCGGCAGCAGCUGCGGGCGCAGCCAGCCGGGCCCGAGCGCGCCCGCGGCUCCGCCCCCCUCGGCGCGGCCCCCGCGGGGCGCUGGCAGCUUCGGGGAGAGCCUGCCCGGCUCGGGGCGGCGGCGGGCAGGGCGCGCAGAGGGGCAGCGUGUCACGGGAGCUCCGGGAGGCUGCGGGGGCCGCCGCAGCGCCAGAUGCGGAAGCAUGGAGCUGAGCUGCAGUGAAGUACCUCUUUAUGGACAGACGAUGAUCCAGGCGACGUUUGGCAAAAAUGUUUAUCUUCCCAAAGAUGCCGAAUUUUACUUUAUUUAUAACGGAGCCUAUCAGCGGCACAUCGCGAUGGCCGAGCGCACCGAGGAUAAUGUCCUGCAGUCCUGGGUUCCAGGCCACGGGCGUCAGGAGACAGUGGCGGUGUCUGUGUGCCUCUGCUCGGAAGGCUACUCCCCAGUGACCAUGGGCUCCGGCUCGGUGACCUACGUGGACAACAUGGCCUGCAGGCUGGCCCGUUUGCUGGUCACACAGGCUGGUCGCCUCACAGCCGGGAGCCAUCAGAGCCUGCUGACGCCUUUCGCUCUGCCGGUGGGAGCACUGCCUGCCCUGGAUGAAGAGCUUGUGCUGGCUCUGGCCCAUCUGGAGUUACCGCAAGGGUGGACGGUCUUGGGAAAUUCUUCGCUCGAAGUUUCUCUACACAGAGAGUCUCUUCUCCACCUCGCAGUGAGAUGGGGCCUGGCCAAGCUUUCCCAGUUCCUACUGUGUCUACCUGGGGGGGUGCAGGCCUUGGAUCUACCCAAUGAAGAGGGCGCCACGCCAGUAGACUUAGCUGUCCAUGGCGGACACACUGAGCUGUUCGAAGACAUCACAAAUUUCCAGGGCCAGUGCUCCCCUGGCUUCUCCCGAGUGCAGCUCCGCGAAGAUGUCUUCCUGCAGUACGUCCACUCGUCAGAGACACUCACCCUCACGCUGAACCACACGUCCGAGCACCUGUUGGAGGGAGACAUUAAACUCUUCAGGAAAUACUUCUGGGAUAGAGCCUUUCUCACCAAGGCUCUUGGAGAACAAGAAGCCAGAUUCGAGAAACUAUCAGCCAUGCCUUCCAGUGCUGCAGAAACUGAAGAAGAAGUUAAGAAUCUGGAAUCCAACAGAUCACUCUCGGAAAAGGAGCAUGUAAAGUGUAUGAAAAGUCAGGUGUCUCCACUGAAUGAACACGAAGACCAAAAUAGUCUGGAUCUGGAUCGCUCCUUUGAGGUCUUCAAAAAAUCCAAGCACCCCUCAUCAUUCCUUGCUGCGGGCCAGAUUUCUGACAUGCUGAACGGGGGUGAUGAAGUCUAUGCCAACUGUAUGGUCAUAGAUCAGGUUGGUGAUUUGGAUAUUAACUAUAUUAAUUUAGAGGGACUCACGAGCAGCCCCUGCCCUGAAUCCAUGGGCUCUGCUCUGGAGCCGCAGAGCUGUAAGCACGUCCUGCCUGCCGAGGCCCGCCCUGGCGUGGCUUUGAACGCUGGAACCCAGCCUGCCUUCUCUUCGCCAUCCAGCGCGUGUGUCUCCAACUCAAACCUUUCUUUUGGUGUUCGUGGGUUUGAGAAAGAACAAAGUCAGCUCAAGAAAAGAAGUUCUAGCCUUGACGCCCUGGAUGCAGACAGCGAGGGAGAAGGGCAUUUGGACCUGACACACACUUCCUACACUCCGGUAUCUCAGAGCUCAUCCAGAAUGGGAAUUCCUAGUGGCGAUGACUUGGACUCUUUUGAGACCAACCCAGAAACAGAUUUUAAUAUCUCCAGGACUGAAUCACUGUCUUUAUCAAGUAAUCUCCCGUCCAAGGAAUCAUUGCUUUCUGGAAUCCGCUCACGUUCUUAUUCCUGCUCGUCGCCUAAAAUCUCUCUAGGAAAAUCUCGCUUGGUGCGUGAUUUCACGGUGUGCAGCUCCAGUGAAGAGCAAAGAGCUUACAGUUUACCGGAGCCACCAGGAGAAAAAAGAAUUCAAGAAGAAGAAUGGGAUAAGUACAUCAUACCUGCCAAAUCAGAGUCUGAAAAGUACAAAGUGAGCAGAACUUUCAGCUUCCUUAUGAAUAGAAUGACCAGUCCUCGAAAUAAAUCCAAGACAAAAAGCAAAGAUGCCAAAGAUAAAGAGAAACUGAAUCGCCAUCAGUUUGUCCCAGGAACAUUCUCUGGGGUCCUCCAGUGUUUGGUUUGUGAUAAGACAGUCCUAGGAAAAGAAUCCCUCCAGUGUUCGUACUGUAACGCGAAUGUCCAUAAGGCUUGUAAAGAUGCUGCACCUCCCUGUACCAAGAAAUCCCAAGAGAAAUAUAACAAGAACAAACCGCAGACCAUCCUUGGAAAUUCUUCCUUCAGAGAAGUCCCCCAGCCAGGCCUGUCUCUGCACCCAUCUUCCUCCAUGCCCAUUGGCCUGCCGGCUGGGAGGAAGGAGUCCGCGGGGCAGGCCCACUCGCUGUCCAAGAGUGUUCCGGGCAGCACCCUGGAAAGCUUCAGGAAGUCAGGGACAUCUGUGGAGUCGGAGAGUGACGGGAACAACUGGAGAAGCAGGUCUCAAUCCGAUGAGCUGUGCCAGUCUAUGGGGUCUUCUCCCUCCACGGAGUCCUUCUUAAUGGAAGAUGUCGUGGACUCUUCUCUGUGGAGGAGUGACGUCAGCAGUGAUGCUCAGGAGUUUGAAGCUGAAUCAUGGAGUCUUGUGGUGGACCCCUCGUUUUGUAGUAGGCAGGAGAAGGAUGUCAUCAAAAGACAGGAUGUCAUUUUUGAGCUAAUGCAAACAGAAAUGCAUCAUAUCCAGACCCUGCUCAUCAUGUCCGAGAUCUUCAGGAAAGGGAUGAAAGAGGAGCUGCAACUGGACCACAGCACCGUGGAUAAAAUCUUCCCCUGCUUAGAUGAGUUACUUGAAAUCCACAAGCACUUCUUCUACAGUAUGAAGGAGCGAAGACAGGAAUCCUGUGCUGACAGCGACAGGAAUUUUGUCAUCAAUCGAAUUGGAGAUAUUCUAGUUCAACAGUUUUCAGAAGAAAAUGCAAAUAAGAUGAAGAAAAUAUAUGGAGAAUUCUGUAGCCACCACAAAGAAGCUGUUAGCCUCUUUAAAGAACUCCAGCAGAACAAAAAGUUUCAAAAUUUUAUUAAGCUCCGAAAUAGUAAUCUUCAAGCUCGUCGCCGAGGAAUUCCUGAAUGCAUUCUCUUGGUCACUCAGCGCAUCACAAAAUACCCUGUUUUGGUGGAAAGGAUACUGCAGUAUACUAAGGAAAGAACUGACGAGCACAGAGACUUGUGCAAUGCACUUUCCUUAAUUAAGGACAUGAUCGCAGCGGUGGAUUUAAAAGUCAACGAGUAUGAGAAGCACCAAAAAUGGCUUGAUAUUCUCAGUAAGAUCGAAAACAAAACCUACACGAAGCUCAAAAAUGGCCACGUGUUCAGGAAGCAGACGUUGCUGAGCAAAGAAAGGACACUGUUGUUCGAUGGCCUCGUGUACUGGAAAACCGCCACUGGUCGUUUCAAAGAUAUCCUAGCUCUCCUUCUAACUGAUGUGCUGCUGUUUUUACAAGAAAAAGACCAGAAAUAUAUUUUUGCAGCUGUUGAUCAGAAGCCGUCUGUCAUUUCCCUCCAGAAGCUCAUUGCUAGGGAAGUUGCAAAUGAGGAGAGAGGGAUGUUUCUCAUCAGCGCUUCGUCCGCUGGCCCCGAGAUGUACGAAAUUCACACCAAUUCCAAGGAGGAACGGAACAACUGGAUGAGGCGGAUCCAGCAGGCGGUCGAAAGUUGCCCAGAAGAAGAAGGGGGACGGACAAACGAAUCUGAUGAAGAGAGGCGGAAAGCUGAAGCCAGAGUGGCCAAAAUCCAACAGUGUCAAGAAAUACUCAGCAACCAAGACCAGCAAAUUUGCACCUACUUGGAGGAGAAGUUGCACAUCUACGCAGAACUCGGAGAGCUGAGCGGCUUUCAGGAGGCGCACCUGGAGCCGCACCUGCUCAUCAGACCCGACCCGGGAGAGCCUCCGCAGGCUGCCUCCUUACUGGCAGCGGCACUGAAAGAAGCUGAGAGCCUGCAAGUGGCGGUGAAGGCCUCCCAGCUGGGCGAUCCCUGCCCAGCGCCCGAGGGAGGCUGCGGAGACUCAGUCCUGACAGACCUGCUCAGUGCUCAUGACAGCCCCGGAUCACCCCCGCCUUCACUAGUCACAGAAGGGGCAGAAGGAAGAGGCUGUUGGGAUGUGGAUCCUGGGACCCAGGGUGUGGGAACCGACUUGGCGGUCUCUGAUGCAGGGGAGAAGGCGGAAUGUAGAAGUCCCCCUCUCUCUUCACAGUCAGAGAUUGUACAAGCGAUACAGAACUUAACCCGGCUCCUCUACAGCCUUCAGGCCGCCUUGACCAUCCAGGACAGCCACAUUGAGAUCCACAAGCUGGUGCUCCAGCAGCAGGAACGCCUGUGUCCCGGGCCCCCUCUCCGAGGCGCCUUCCCGGACCUGGAGAAGCGGCGGGAGGAGUUGGGCGACAUCCACAAGCUCCAGCUCCAGUUCCAGCAGGACCAGCGGCGCUGGCACCGCCGGUGCGACCAGCAGCAGCGGGCGCAGGAGGCCAAGGCCAGCUGGCUGCAGGAGCGCGAGCGGCAGUGCCAGUCGCAGGAGGAGCUGCUGCUGCGGAGCCGCGGCGAGCUGGACCAGCAGCUGCAGGAGUACCAGCAGAACCUGGAGAGGCUGCGGGAGGGCCAGCGGCUGGUGGAGAAGGAGCGGGAGCGGAUGCGCGCCCAGCAGAGCCUGCUGCGCCGGUGGAGGCACAGCCGCCAGAGCAGCCUUCCCGCCGCCUUCUCUCCGGGAGCCCACGAGGGAGUGGAACUCAAUAGGUCUGAGAGUUUCUGUCAUGAAAAUUCAUUCAUCAGUGAUGCUGCAGUAAAAAUAUCACCGAACACUUUCAACAGACCCACUCUGUCAGGUGUCCAUCAGGAGUCCACUGUCCCACUACAUAGACCUGAUUCAGAUUUGGUAAGGACUAGUGACAAUCCAGCAGACCUCCUCAAGACGGACCUUUGUCAACCCUCUGAGGUCAGCCCUGAACUGUGGCCAGCUGCUGGGUCCCGUCAGCCAUCACCUCCUUCCCACCCAAGCAGCCAGGAUCCUUGUAAAAAUGAUGCGGACACUUCUCCACCUGAUCUCCAGACCCCCCACCCCAGCAGCGCACACCACCCUCCACUGCAGACGUUUGUAAUGGAAGCAAAGCUCAGUCUACAGACAGGGAGCGGGCGGGACGGAGGAGCUGGAGAUGGCGCCGAAGAAAAUAUUGUUUACCUCUAAUGGUGGUAUUUUUCCAAGCAAAACCAAAACACUGGCACUUUGGGAAGAACCUUAUUUUCCUUUUCUUGAUGUAUGUGUGACUGUGUCCAAAUUGCCUGAAGAGUGAUAUUUAAUGCAAGUUCAUUUCUUUCUUUGGCUUGAGUCUAAUAAUUAAAUUAUUGAAAGCAGCUCUGUUUGUCCAAUCAUUACCUUAUCACACCUAAUUUCAGAUUUCUGGAAGAGAAAUUAACUUGAAUGGGCAGAAGUGUUCAAAAGUUUUUAUGACUCUAAAGUAAAAUUCCAUAUUGCCUUUUCGACUGGAUCAUCUGGCUUUGGAAAUCCCUUUUAAAAGCUAGAUGAAGCAAUUUGGAUGGAAAGAAUGAGGGUGAUGGACAAACUUUCACAGUUCCAGCAGCUGGUGGUGUAGGAUCCCCACAGGCAGAGGUGUAUGGAAGGCAGGGAAGAACACUGAUUGGCUGCUUUCUCCUUGGGGCAUCAAAGGGGUCACUGCUAGUAGUGGACCUGUGAUAGCCAGCUUGCAACAGCCCUUCCUCACCGGGCAUCUGUUUGUAGUAGAUGCCCCCUCUGCUAGUAGCCUGCACCCUGGAACCUGUGGCAAGCACUUUGCAGAUGAAUUUGCUCCUCCUCAAGCUGGUGAAUCUUGGUUUAGAAGCACUUAUCCUCGGUCCUGAGACCCAAGCCAGCGAGUCUGGUUUCGGUGUAAAUAAUACAAGCCCUGGAGCACCCUUCUCUGCAGCCCUAUGCCUGCCUGCCCUUGUGAGCACUGGCUGGAAGGAAAUCUGCCCUUUGGCUCAUUAAGGGCAACAUUGCUCUCCCCACGAAGAUUGCUGCCCACUGCAUUUCCAUGGAGGAUUACCCGGACACCUGCUUUCACAGGAAGACCCGGCUCAGUGGAUAGAAAUCGGCAAGGGCUUGCAGCUUGCUCUUCAGAAAUAUGCAUAUGUGUUUUGGUCAGUGUCAAUAAAUUUAUUUGACCUCCCUCUU